GCUUUGGCACUGUCGCACGAGCAUCCCUCUGCGAAAUGACGACAGAAACAAAGUUCAUUCGUUCCAUAAGAUAACAGGAUAAGUAGCUCAGAAGCAUCGCAAUCGUCUUUUACUCUCCACUCCUUCUCAUCAACUAUGAAUCACCAUCGAUGCUAUAGGUCGCACGUUGGUCUUCUCGUCCACGUAACAUGGCCUUCGAUUCCUCGGCACACACUGACUGCAGCAGUAACAGUAGCCGCAUCAACUUCACACUUUCACACAUCUACUCCACGCGAAAGUCGAUCCCACUCCACCAACCACUACGAGCGCCUUGGCAUCAGUCAGAACGCGACCAAGAAAGAGAUCAAGUCCCAGUUCUACAAGCUCUCUAAACUCCACCACCCAGACAAGAAUGACACAGAAGAUUCUCGCAGAACCUUCCUCUCCAUCAACGAGGCCUAUUCUGUCCUAGGCAACGAACGUCAACGACGAGACUAUGACCUCACUCUGCUUGACAAGACCGGAUCGCUCUACUCCAAUUCAUCUUCACAACGGGCCCAGCCCACACGUGGAACACUUCGGCGGACGCCCUUCCGCCACUCACCACAGUCUGCGGCGGCUGCAGACGCCGCAGCAGCCGCAGCAGCCAGGAGGGCUCAUGGUGCUUUUGGGACCCACUUUGGACGACAGACCGGGAGUGUACCACACUUUGAUGCGAAAUCGCACCAGGAGAUGCAUUAUGAGCAGGAUGUGAGACGGGAAGAGCGGCGGCAGGCAAGGGAGCGUGCUGAUGCUGAAUAUCGACGCAAACAAGGAUAUGACGAUUCGGACUCGGCCUCGGGCAGGUUCUUCAGGGUGACAUUAGUGCUGCUGUCGAUUAUGUUGGCUACCUCAUUUAUGAAGGUCUCCGCAGACGAGGGAGCGGACGACGACUGGGAUCGGCGGCAGCAAUUUUAUCGCAGUGGCCAUAGACAGCGUGAUGUUCACUCACAACGAGAUAUUGAUCGCCAUGACGAUGAUUUGCAAUCAAGGACAACAACUAGUUCGCAGUCAAAAAUUCUGUCCGCGCUAUGGGAUGCAGAUUAGACGACAGAGGAACAUCCAGCUAUUCACCAGACCAUUAAUUUCAGUUGAAGAUGAAAAUAAACUGCAGCAAUAAUAUAUGGAC